AUGUCCUCAGAUACCAUCCAAGUUGGGUUCCUCGGAGCCUCAACGAUUGCGCACAAGGUGUGGGCAGCCAUCGAAGCGGCUGGAAACAUGCAAGUCACUCUCGUAGGCAGUCGAUCCGUGGAGGUGGCGCAGAAAUUCAUUGACGAGUGCAUCGAAAGCCUUCAUAUCAGCGAAGAACGCAAGGCUGCAGCGGCCACCUACGAUGAGGUUGUCGGUAGCUCUGAAGUUGACGUUGUGUACAUCUCCAUCCCAGUCACCACCAGACACGAGUGGGUGAUGAAGUGCGCUGAGAACAAUAAGCACGUUGUUGGCGAAAAGCCCCCAGGUUCUACGCCAGAGCAGCUACAGUCGUGGAUUGAGGCACUGAGCGCGAAGGGCCUGCUAUACAUGGAUGGAACAAUGUUCUCUCACGGGCCGUACGUGAAGAAGGUGGUCGAGUGUCUCCCCGAGAUCGGCGACAUUCGUCGCAUGACGUUUGUCUUCUCUUUUCGCGCCUCGCCGGAGAGACUGCAGAAUGACAUCCGCUGCAACCCAAAUCUAGAGCCGCUGGGCGCACUCGGUGACAUUGGCUGGUAUGCCAUCCGCUCUUUUCUACACAUGGUCCACUUCACCAUGCCCACCACCGUUGCCGGUCGCAUUAUUGAGGAACUACCGAACGGUGCUGUUACCUCCUUCAAAGGAGAGCUCACUUUCCCCGGUGCCAAGCCGGACGCAGUCAUCUACGCAUACUUCUACUGCAGCUUCUUGAGCUCACCCCAGCAAAGUUUUAUCGUUUCGGGCACGAAAGGGCGCAUUGUUGCCGAGCAGCUGACGAACCCGCUCACUGAUGCCGGAGCGGCGUGCUUUAAGAUUGUGAAGCCCACGUUUUCCGGCCCUGAUCCAAACACGGACGUCACCGUUGAGCAAAACGUGACAAAUGCCCAGGUUCCCGAGGAAACGGGACAUAUGCAGGAGACGCAGAUGUGGCGUGAUGUUCGCGACUGUCUCAAGAGGGACGAAAGCGGCCGGCUGAUUGCCGAGGAGGAUGCCGUGCGCGAGUGGGCCCGCAAGUCAUGGAUGACGCACUGCAUCGCGGCCAAGUUGAUGGAGUCUGCCCGCUCGUAG